GUGGCACACGCAUGGGAACGAACGAAGCGCUUGCUAAGUGUUGCAGCUAGUUCAUUAAAUGUAUAAACGUGCCAAUUUUAUAUCUAAAUAUUAUUAACUUUAGUUAGUGUUUCGUUUUUGAAAACUAUCCUCCGCACAUGAAGUUAAACGACUUGUUUAGUUUGUGAAAUUAGACAGCUAACUAAAAGCCGCAGUCACUGGUUUGUUUACUGUUUAUAUUAGUUUCGUGUAAUUGUGUAGAAAAUGAUGGAUGAGGAACCGGAGAGAGCAAAGCGCUGGGAAGGAGGAUAUGAACGGACAUGGGAGGUGUUGAAGGAGGAUGAGUCGGGGUCCCUGAAAGCCACUGUAGAGGACAUUCUCUUUGAGGCCAAACGCAAGAGGGUGUUCGAAAGUCAUGGGCAGGUUCGGCUGGGAAUGAUGCGUCACCUGUACGUGGUGAUCGACUCGUCUCGGACGAUGGAGGACCAGGACCUGAAACCCAACAGACUCACAUCCACUCUGAAGCUCAUGGAGUAUUUUGUUGAUGAAUAUUUUGACCAGAACCCCAUCAGUCAGAUUGGUAUCAUCACCACCAAGAACAAAAGAGCUGAGAAACUCACUGACCUUGCAGGAAACCCUAAGAAACACACAGCAGUGCUGAAGAAAGCCAGGGACUCAGGAUGUGUGGGAGAACCGUCUCUGUACAACGCCCUCAGCAUCGCCAUGCAGACACUCAAACACAUGCCAGGACAUACCAGCAGAGAGAUUCUGGUCAUCUUCAGCAGUCUGACCACCUGUGAUCCAGCCAACAUCUAUGACCUCAUUAAGACCCUGAAAUCGCUUAAAAUCCGAGUUUCUGUGAUCGGAUUGUCUGCCGAGGUUCGGGUGUGUUCGGUUCUCACCAGAGAAACAGGAGGAAGCUACAACGUGAUCCUUGACGAGAGCCACUUCAAGGAGCUGCUGACGUUCCAUGUGAAGCCUCCUCCUGCCAGCUCAUCCUCGGAGUGCUCACUUAUCCGCAUGGGUUUCCCUCAGCACUUUAUCGCUUCUACAUCAGAUCAAGACGCCAAGCCUUCCUUCAGCAUGUCGCACUUGGAGAGCUCAGACGGAGCACCAGGUCUCAGUCUUGGAGGUUAUUACUGUCCCCAGUGCAGAGCCAAAUACACUGAGCUGCCUGUCGAGUGUAAAGUUUGUGGUCUGACGCUGGUUUCCGCCCCUCACCUGGCUCGUUCCUUCCAUCACCUUUUUCCCCUGGAAGCGUUUCAGGAGCGUCCUUUAGAAGAGCACACAGGUGACAGGUUCUGUCAGGCCUGUCAGGGAGAGCUGAAGGAUAAAAGUGUGUUCAAGUGUCCUCUGUGUGUGAGUGUGUUCUGUGUGGAGUGUGAUGUGUUCAUUCACGACACGCUGCACUGUUGUCCAUGCUGCAUACAGAAACAGGGGGCUUCAUGAGGACACAGUUUAAGUCACACACACAGAAAACUCAGAGAACCUUCUUCUACUGCAGGAUCUCUUCAGGAGUCCGUGUCAAAGUUACAGCUUUCAAUGAAAAAGCUACUUCGAGUGUGAGUGUGUGUCUGUAUGUUCACGUUCUGGUCAUGUAUUACAUUAAACAGAACAUGGUGCUUUUACAAAUAUAUGUUUUCUACAUGAACCUCAAAUGAUGUGAAAUGUGGGUAAACUAAACUACAUCAUGCACAUCAGAAAUCGGGGCACGGAGACUCCUGUCAAAACAUCACACACACCUCAUAACCUUAAAUGCACUCCUGGAGAUCCUGAUUAGCUGGAUUAUGUGCACUGGGUGAUAAAUAGCUGGGUGGAUGAAGUUCCAAGAGCCUGGAGACAAACAGCCUGUGGGUGGAAGGGGCAUAUUUUCGCUCACCUGUCAGUCACAGAGACACCAGUCAUCAGUGAGCUCCUGUAUGUAGGAGGGAAGCUAGUGCUUUAUGAAGCACAUGUUAGCCUUCACUCGUUUUACCAGGUUGAUAUGAAAAACAUGAUAAAAAAAAAACCAAUGAAUUAAUAUGUGGCCUUUUUUAAGUCUCUUUGAAAAUCCUGGUGGAAAACUGCAUUCUUCCAGACCAAAAGUCAGUGUUAUGGUUUCAGAAAGUAUACUGAGUGUUUUAUAAAUCCAGUCCUGUUCACCAUCUAUAAAUUUUAUGAGGAAAUGUUUCUUUCAAGCAAACUUUCAUUCCUGUCUAUCAUUAACUUGAAUUUUGGAGUUGAACUUUUUUAACAGGGUGUAAAUCUUUCUGCUGUGUGGUAGAGACAGCUUUAAUUAGCCAAAGUGUAAAUAAGUUGUAACACAACAGCUGUGAUUCCUUCAUAUUGCUGUAAUGCAUUUUUUUUGAUGUCUGAAUCCAAAAUAAAACCGGUUCAGAAAACA